UGGAAUGAUCCAGAAUUUUUCUUGCAAGAUAGUAGAAGUUACGUUUAAUAUACUAGAUAGUUUCAUACUGUUUUUGUUUUCAUUAGUUUAUCGUAGUUUGUGCUUAAAAAAGUCUUAUUCUAGCUGGAGGUUAUUUAUAGUUAGGUGAAUUUACAAUAUCUUGAUGCUUAGUCAAGUUGUGUUUUCCUGCUCACAGUAUUGGCCAUGGGAGGCAUUCGUGAUGAGAUUAAAUUUUAUUUUUAAAAGUGGUAGCUACUACCUAGGGGGACGUUAUCGUUCUUACGUGCAGAUGGCCGGCGGCAAUAGUGUCAGUCCGAUAUAAACUUAAAUUUUCAUAAGAUAAAUUAACAAAAACUUUGUUUAUAUGAGUCAAAGUCUUUCCAAUUUUAGUAUUAUUGCUAUUUUACAUAUCUAAGAUGGUGCCAACCAAAAAACCAAACAGUUUAGUUUUCUAGUGUAAACUGCAAUUUUCAUUUAGUAGAUUUUCCAAGUCUCUUUUGAUAACAUGACAGACGAUGGGGAAGACUCGACCAGCCAGAGCUUGUCUCCAGACUCCAUGGAUGAAGAGAGACCACUGAAGAAAGCUCGUUACGUUUGGCAGAUCAAGGGGCGUUACCGUUGGGGCCAUUCCAGAGGUCGCAGUUGCAGCCACUCCUCCCAGGCGACCCAGAGAUCGUUGGUGGCCGCACCUGUUGCCGAGUGUCCUGUUGUGCGCUGGCAGACACGACAGAUGGCUCGCGCAUUCGUCGACAACACUAUCAACCGUGUGUUGGAGGACAUGGGCUUCACUCCACCACCCGAGAAUGAGGACGAGCUCAUCAGCUUCGACGUGUUCCCGACCCACAAUCGAGAGGGAAUCGAGAACCAAGCCGUGCUCAUGGCGAUACAAAGCCACGGGCUGCAGAAACCCUGCAUCUGCUCCCACUCGUCAAGCCUUUCCCCUUCUUCCGUCUUGCCGAACGUUCCCUUCCACCAUCGUCCCUCCACCCCCCUCUCCCCUGUCCCUUCUGACUUGGACUGUCCCUCCACCUCCGAACCGCAAGACAAGUACACAGGAGAAACUGACUUCCUCGCGCAAGCCGUGGCCGUGGCCAUCCAGAAGAAAGGUCUCGGCUCCUUCUCGCCCACGGACAACGGCUAGUCGGCGAUCCGCGCGGCACGAAAAUGUUCCUAUCUAACGUUGUUACAGUCACAUAUCGGACUCAAUUGUUGUUGAAACAGUACGAUUAUUUUAUGAUAUGUUGAAUGUUCUCACGUAUAUUUGGGUGUUGUGUGCGAUUGCUGUACGGCUUACCAGAUGUAAGUGGUAAUCGCUUCAUGUCAGGUAGUCAAUUAAUGUUUCCAGAGCUGUGCAUUUUUGUAUUUUCGUUGUGUGUGUAGUGAUUUUUUUACCGCAACUUGAAUUUGCUCAAGGCUAGCCUUAAGCUUGAGUGAACAAAUCGUUUAUAAGAUCCUUACCAACAUUAUUACGUUAUUUUAUUGCUGAAUACUUAUCAGAUGAGAAACUGGAUCAAUUCAAUUAAAUAGCCUUUCCUGAUCUGUUGAAACACUUUGGUUUUAACAAAUUUUAAUAAGUCAAUAUUCAUUCAAGGCCACAAUUAAAACAAUUGGUAUAUAAAGUUGUUACACCAUUUGUUACAAGUAGCACAAACAUUCUAAAACCAUGAGGAAAUGUUAUUGGAUUUUUACCUUAACGCUAAUAUGCAAAAGAUAUGAAAACUGUUUUGUAAAUUAAACCAGGAAUAUUCAAAUGAUUUAUCUAAAACUCAGGUUAUAAUUUGUUUAAUUUGGCUAUUUUUCAAUUAAGUAAUUUGUUGUUGAAUACAUUGAAAUAUAUGUGUUAAAUAACAUUAUAUUAUUAAAGUAGUUACUGAAUGAAACUAUAGUUUGCAUAAAAUUUAUAUUUUAAAUACUUUAUUAAUUCCGCUCGAAAUGUUACUGAGAUGAAUUCAAGUGUCUAUAUAUAUUAUAAUGUUCUACUGACCAAGCACAAAAGGUGUGUUAAUUUGUUUGGUUCCUUGCAGUGGCGUAGCUACCUUGGGUGGCACCCGGUGCGGAAGUUGGUGGUGUCACCCCAUCAAAAGUAAAAAGUAUUAAAUUUUAUAUGAUAAAGGUCAUGGAUGUAAUAUAUUUUUUCUUUGUAUUAUCCAUCACUAUAGAAUAAUACAUGUUUAACAAUUCACGCCAACCAAAACACAACACACUUCAUGAAACAAAUGAGAAAUCUUGCAUCUGAAAUGUCAAAGAUCGCGAGUAUGGGACGGAGAAUCCCCCACGACAGCGUCAGGCUCUUUUGCGGGAAUCCCCGAAUGAUACAUAGAGCUGAGCUAGUGCUAGUGGAGGAAUUCCCGAAAAAGAAAUUUUUGUGCUAGCGAUUUAUAUUUGUAUGUUUGUAAAUUUUUCUUAAAGUUGAGAGACCGGGCGGGUGUCACCCAAAAAAAGGCCCCCCCCUUUGCUACGCCACUGGUUCCUUGCAAUUCACAAGUGUUAGAGCUAAGGCAUGUCCAGAAAUAAAGUGUACUCAUUCAUACCAUACGUAUUAAGGUAUGUAUUAAAAUUUACAAUUAAACAACAAACACAAUUUGUUUAACGUAGUCGCCUUCAUACUCAAUGUAUUUUGUAAGCCAAAGAUUGAGUAUUUUGAUACCUUAAAAGAGUUUUCCAUUCCCAUUGCCUCUUUGGGUGAUAAUUUGACAGCACUCUGUGCCUCAUUUACAAUAAAAAGGCUUCUCACAUCCAUGAACAUCCUCGGAAAGAAAUGAAGAGAUGAAGGUCUGAGGGCACCAGGUCUGGCAGUUGAUAAAAUCCCAACCGAAUUAAUUCAAUAAUCGCUUUGUGAGUUCUUAAAAAACUCCUUUUGCUUGAAUCAAUCUGUAUAAUACUUUUUUAGAGUUCGAUAACACUGUACAUUAUCUCUGGCCAAAAAUGCAAUAAGAUGAUUCACUACUGUCUAAAUCGGCAGAGGCCAUAAUGUUUUGUGUAAAAACAAUGAUUUAAAUUAAUUUUCCUGAUUUUGAUAAUUUAUGUCAUCAUUUCAUUGAUUGAUUUCUCAUUUUGGGGUUUAGUGAGCCACCCAUGUGUCAAGGUGAUGUGUCAAGCAAUUGUUCAUUUUCUAAGUACUGUAUUUUAUAAAUUCCUGUAAAGAUGCAAUUGUAUGAAUUUUAUGGUCUGUGAGUGAUUGUGUUAACCAUGUAGUACUAAUUUUUUUUAACUAAACAUUUCUAUAAUGAUUUCAUACAAAAUAGAUUUUUUGAACCAUUGUGUGUCCUUGCUCAAUGUCAAUCGAUGGUCGUUACAAUUAUUUCUUUGAUCUUUUUCACCAACGUCAAUUUUUAUUGAGUGACACCCAUUUCUUCUUUAGCUUGAAUGAUACUUUUGCAUAUCACAUUACCACUGUGUACAUGAGUAAGAUUCAUCUCACCAUCCCUAUGAACUUAUUUAAUUUUGUUUAAAUCUGGAAGGGUCUGUUUCUCUGUUGCUAGAAGAAACUCCUCAGAACGGAAAUGGUCAUUUAAAUCCAACUGAAUACAGUUUUUAACUGAUUAAAAUGAACAAUUAUACCUUACUUUGCCAACACUUAGUCUUUAAUUUUAGUGCUGCCAACUUUAAAAUAAAAAUAUCUGGACAUGACUUCAGACAACUGUAAUCAUUAUCAACAAAUUAAAUAUUAAUUUUUUAAUCAGCUGUUCAUUUCAGGAAGUAAACAAAACACUAAAUGAGUUCUUGUUAGAGUUAAACUUAUUCCAUUUAUUUGUUUAAUAUGAUAAAUAGUGUACACCAUGCUAAGAAACUAUGGUUUCUGUGUCUGCAUGACCCAAAGAACUGGGCUUCUCGCAGGAAUUAUGUGUACAUGGGAAGGUAAGUAACUGGACUAAUGGAAAUGACUAUUUAUCCCUAGAACUGGCAAUGUUUAUCUGACACAUACGUGUUUUGACAGUUCAUAUAGUACAUAAAUCAACAGUAUAUACCAUUUCAAACAGAAAGAAUUGCUUAUUUCAAUUAUGAAAUUUGGUUUGCUGUUUUGGCAACAGUGGUGUCAUAAAACUUGCCAGAAAGAUUGUCUUCAUUUAGCCAUUUUGAAAAUUAGUGAUGUACCAUGAGUAUGGUUAUGGAUGUUGUUUUAUAGCUUAGUUUUAGGCUAAACUGUGCUACAUUUUGAAAAUAUUUAGUGUAAAAAUGAUAAGUUUUGUUAAUUUUUGAAAAUUAUCGUACAUAUAACAUUAUAUAUUUUCUGAAACUAGAUAAAAUGAAGAAUAUAUUGGUUACUCAUAUUCUAGUAUUCAUAGUAUUAUCACACUUUUCCAGGGGCAGUCCCACCACUUUUAAUAAAACAAAAUUUUAGUGUAAUUAUUGUUUUAGAUGGUUUAUGCAUAAUGUUGUUAUACCAUAAUUAUCUCUACAUUUUCUUGAAAAGAAUUAUGUAGUAAACAUAUAGAUUUAUAGUAAAAAUGUAGUUGUUACUAAAUGUUGAAAAUAUGGGUACAAAACACUCAAAAAUGGUCGCCAUCUGAGGUAAAAUUGACUGCCAGUUUGAGGGUUAAGCCAGCAUUUUUCAACCACUGAGUCUAUUUCAUUAACCAUUGAAAUUAAAUAAUGAAAUGCUUCAGUAACAUCACAAAGAUGAAAGUUACUCUGAAUGUUCUCUGUACAUCGACGUGCAGUGACGGGAAUACACAGGUGCUAUUACUGAGGAUUUGUCCAGUGAAACAAGUCUAGUCAAACUGUGGAAAUUACUUAGUGACUUUUAACCGAUUUAGAGAAUCUUAACUUCAGUUCUGUAGCGUGACGUUUAGUGGUUUUGUUAUAAAAGAUCGGACCACAUCCAGUAUUCAGUUUUGUAUGUUAGAGUCCAGCGGCAACACGUGUUGACAAGUCCUGUAUUUAGUGAUUAAGGAGACACUAGUAUUUGCUAAGUUACAAUGAGUGUAUUAUUACAUGUAAACUACAUUAUAUUUCAAUUAUUGUAUUAGUCAUUGUUAUUUACCAGUCUUUGUAAUAUAACAAUUAAUGUAUUCGCACAUGUAAGAAAAUAUUAAUGACUUUUUCUAUAAAA